UUGUCAGUAGUGAGGAGCUGCUGGUUCGGAGCGGAGGGCGCCUUUACCCGACAGUGCGACACCUGUGUCACGCCUACCUGCGUUGUCAUGGCGACCUUCCCAGAAUACAUCGCUCAGAACGAGGAGCGCGACGGCGUCCGCUUCAGCUGGAACGUGUGGCCCUCCAGCCGGUUGGAGGCGACCCGGAUGGUGGUGCCGGUGGCGGCUCUGUUCACGCCCCUCAAGGAGAGAAGCGACCUGCCCCCUAUCCAGUACGAACCGGUUCUGUGCAGCCGCGCCACCUGCCGCGCAGUCCUGAACCCGCUCUGCCAGGUGGACUACAGAGCCAAGCUGUGGGCCUGCAACUUCUGCUACCAGAGGAACCAGUUUCCUCCGUCCUAUGCCGGGAUCUCUGAGCUGAACCAGCCCGCCGAGCUGCUGCCUCAUUUUUCCACCAUCGAGUAUGUGGUCCAGCGGGGCCCUCAGAUGCCACUGGUCUUCUUAUAUUUGGUGGACACCUGCAUGGAGGACGAGGACCUGCAGGCUUUGAAGGAGUCUCUGCAGAUGUCCCUGUCUCUGCUGCCCCCCACUGCGCUGGUCGGACUCAUCACCUUUGGACGCAUGGUUCAGGUCCACGAGCUGGGCUGCGAGGGGAUCUCGAAGAGCUACGUCUUCCGGGGGACCAAAGAUCUGAACGCCAAACAGCUGCAGGAGAUGCUCGGUCUCACCAAAUCCUCCGGUGCUCAGGGUCGAGGUCCUCAAACGUCCCAGCAGCCUCUGUCCAACAGGUUCCUGCAGCCUGUGCAGAAGAUCGACAUGAACCUGACGGACCUUCUGAGCGAGCUGCAGCGGGACCCCUGGCCCGUCACACAGGGCAAGAGGCCCUUACGCUCCCUGGGUGUCGCCAUGUCCAUCGCUGUGGGACUUCUGGAGUGCACGUUCCCGAACACCGGGGCCCGAAUUAUGACGUUCAUCGGGGGCCCAGCCACGCAGGGGCCAGGCAUGGUGGUGGGGGACGAGCUGAAGACCCCCAUAAGGUCCUGGCACGACAUUGAGAAGGACAAUGCCAAGUUCAUGAAGAAGGCUACAAAACACUUUGAGAGUCUCGCCAACAGAGCGUCCACAAACGGUCACAUCAUCGACAUCUACGCCUGCGCGCUGGAUCAGACGGGCCUGCUGGAGAUGAAAUGUUGCCCCAAUCACACCGGGGGGUACAUGGUGAUGGCCGACUCCUUCAACACGUCUCUGUUCAAACAAACCUUCCAAAGAGUUUUCACCAAAGACGUCCAGGGAUCGUUCAAGAUGGCGUUCGCCGCCACGCUGGAGGUCAAGACAUCCAGGGAAAUCAAAGUGUGCGGAGCAAUCGGUCCAUGUGUGACUCUGAACGCCAAAGGGUCCUGUGUAUCUGAGAACGAAAUCGGGACGGGAGGAACGUGUCAGUGGAAGAUCUGCGGUUUGGACCCAAACACCACGCUGGCUCUGUACUUUGAAGUCGUGAACCAGCACAACGCUCCGAUCCCUCAAGGUGGCCGCGGGGCGAUCCAGUUCGUCACUCAGUACCAACACUCAUCUGGACAGAGACGCAUCCGAGUCACCACGACUGCCAGGAACUGGGCUGAUGCUCAGACUCAGAUUCAGAGCAUCGCAGCAUCCUUCGAUCAGGAGGCGGCUGCCCUCUUGAUGGCGAGGCUGGCGGUGUACCGGGCGGAGACGGAGGAGGGCCCGGAUGUCCUCAGGUGGUUGGAUAGACAGCUGAUCCGACUGUGUCAGAAGUUUGGAGAUUACCACAAAGACGACCCGAACUCUUUCAGGUUCUCCGAGACGUUUUCCCUCUACCCUCAGUUCAUGUUCCACCUGCGGCGCUCUCCGUUCCUGCAGGUGUUCAACAACAGCCCUGACGAGAGCUCGUACUACAGACAUCACUUCAACAGACAAGAUCUGACCCAAGCUCUCAUCAUGAUCCAGCCCGUUCUGUACGCCUACUCCUUCAACGGACCGCCUGAGCCGGUUCUGCUGGACAGCAGCAGCAUCCUGCCGGACCGAAUCCUACUGAUGGACACGUUCUUCCAGAUUGUCAUCUACCACGGAGAGACUGUAGCUCAGUGGAGGAAGGCGGGGUAUCAAGACAUGCCCGAGUACGAGAACUUCAAACACCUGCUUCAGGCGCCGGUGGACGACGCUCAGGAGCUGCUGCACACGCGCUUCCCCAUGCCGAGAUACAUCGACACGGAGCACGGCGGCAGCCAGGCUCGCUUCCUGCUGUCUAAAGUCAACCCCUCCCAGACCCACAACAACAUGUACACCUGGGGACAGGAGUCUGGAGCUCCCAUCCUCACAGACGACGUCAGCCUUCAGGUGUUCAUGGACCACCUGAAGAAGCUGGCCGUCUCCAGCGCUGCCUGAAUAAUACUCCUCCAUUCUUUAGCUGCCUGAGGCGAAACGACCAACAAGCGUUCUACUUCCUGUCUGCAGCAAACAACAAGCGUUCUACUUCCUGUCUGCAGCAAACAACAAGCGGUCUACUUGCUGUCUGCAGCGAACAACAAGCGGUCUACUUCCUGUCUGCAGCAAACAACAAG